UCAAAGCACGGCUAGUAGCCAAGGGCUACACUAAAAUUUAUGGAAUCGAUCUCCUUGACACUUAUUCAUCAGUAGCUAAAAUUAACUCUGUGAAGACAUUGUCGGCAGUUGCUGCUUCUAAGCAUGGCUCAUCCAACAAAUGGAUGUGUCCAAUGCUUUCCUUCAUGGGGAUAUGGAUGAAGAAGUGUACCUAGAGAUCCCACCUGGAGUUGAUGUUCCUAAGGAUUCAUGUCUGGUGUUUAACCUUAAGAAGUCCUUAUAUGGAUUGAAACAAGCAAGCAGACAGUGGUUUGCAAAACUUACCAAUAGAUUGUUGAAAAAUGGCUUGUCUCAAACACCUCCAGACUACUCUGUGUUUGUGAGCUGGAUUCAAGGAAGAGUUGUGGUGGUCCUUGUCUAUGUAGAUGACAUUCUGAUUACCACAUUUACCUAAAUGACAUCGAACAACUGAAGACAUUGUGAGUAAGGAGUUUAAGGUCAAAGGCCUGGGUCAUAUGAGUUACUUCUUAGGACUUAAAGUCAUCAUAGAUCACAAAGGGAUUUCUGUUAGCCCGAGGAAGUAUUGCUUGGAACUUCUGGAUGACACAUGUUUCAAAGAGCCAAAUGAUGUCUUUCUCUAGUUGAUUGCAAUGUAAAGCUUUCUACAGAGCAAGGGGAACUGCUAACUGAUCCUAGUGUCUAUGGAAGAUUGAUAGGAAGGUUGCACUACCUUACUAUCACAAGACGUUAUAUCACUUAUGUUGUUCAACAGCUUGCCCAAUUCCAAGCUUCUCUUUGCGUUGAGCACUUACAAGCAGCACACAAGGUGAUUAGAUAUCUAAAGCAGAUUCUUGUUCAAGGUAUGAUUUUCAGGGCAGAUUCUAAGUUGGAGUUGUCUGGUUAUUGAGAUACUGACUGGGCAAGUUGUCCAGACUCCAAGAGAUCUCUUACUAGUUACUGCACCUUUUGUGAACUUUUUUUUAUUACAUGGAAGAUUAAGAAGCAUACUAUUGUCUUUAGGUCUUCCUCAGAGACUUAGUACAGGGCCUUGACUUGAAGAGUUUGUGAAGUCCAAUGACUGAGGAAUUUGUUGACAGAGAUGGGAGUUAAGGUACCAUUACCUAUUCCAUUGUUUUGUGACAACAAGUAUGCAUUACACAUUGCUGAAAACCCAAUUUUUUUAUGAAAGAACGAAGCACGUUGAAAUUGAUUGCUAUGUUACAAGGGAAAGGCUAACAUAUGGGUUGAUUAAAUUGCUUCAUGUGAGAAUUGAUGAUCAAGUUGCUGAUUUAUUCACGAAGGGAAUGACACGAUACAUAUUGAAAUUCUUGUUAGACAAGCUGAGAGUCUUCAAUUUAUUAGCCAAAUAUUUUUGGACAAAAUAUAAGUCAAUGUCAAACCUUUCAAAAUACAAAACAAUAGUCAAUUGUUAAGUCUCCGUUGAUAUUUUGAUUAUUUAAGCUAAGUUGUAAAUAUUUUCGUGAUGUGGCUGUCAAUCAGAAGAUGUCAAAUUAGUUUAUCUUUGAUCCAAUUGGACGGGUAUGUACGAGUAGUUUGGGUGCCCGUUAACCCUUAUGGGUUUGGGGCAUGUGAUAGACUUUGCUCUCCAAACAGGACUGGGUACUUGUAUCAAACGGGACGAGAUACAUGUCCCGUUGCCCACCCCUCCUCAUAUCCUCUGACAAUUCCAAAUCCAACUGCUUUCGCCUAUGUAGUUCUACACGAGUUUAGUUUUUGGUAUAUCAUGCCUCCAUAUUUUAUCUUAUUUUUUAUAAUUUGGAUUUCAAAUUUUACAUAUGGAACGAAUUUGUUGCGAUCUACAAAAUGAUAUCCAUUUUUAAUAUAUUUCAAUAAAAAUAUUUGUGUACCGCUCAUACCACUUGUUACCACCUGGUACAACUCUGUAUGCACAGAAGCAACGAGUUCAUCGUGAUCUAUUUGAUCUAAAUAUUUCCGGACAAAAUUUUUAGGACCAAUAUGUGGUGGUAAAAGGUGAUGAAAGGAAAUAAAUGACAUUUACUAUAUCCAUAUUAUCAUAUGCGUACAAAUAUGCUAUAAUAUGAUACAUUCAUAUAUAGCACCAUGGUAUACAUUUUUACCACAUGGUAUAAUCGUAUGCGCUACCAAAUAUUACCACCAUGAUAUAGACUGAUAAUAAAUGUCUCAAUUUUUCAUGUUAAAAAAUAUAUCUAAAUAAGUGUUAUUUUGAAGAAUACAAUUAAUCUGAUUUA